AUGUCCAAUUUGCUUCCGUCUGGCUACGUCGCGCCCUACGGCGCCGACCUCGAACACGCUGCCUACGGCUCGGACUACGUCGACGCGCACGAGACGCGCUCUUGGGUCGUCGACGGUAGCUACUACUACGCAAACAACGUCUACGAGAGCAACGAGCACUGGCAGCAGCAGCCCGUCGCGUCUGACCAAUACGGCGCCGAACCCGACCUCGUUAAUCAUUAUCUCGACUCUUCCGACCCCCAGUCGUCUGGAGUAGGAGUUCCGACCGCUCCCUUCGCGACCCCCGGCAUCCCUGCAGAGCCCUAUACCCAGGCUUACGAUGGAGGUCUUGGGGGAGACGCGUCUAACCCUGCUACCUAUUGGAACGGUCAGCAACGUGUAUACGGUGAUGGCGCUCACGCUUUUGCUCGUGAAGAGAGUGACGGAUGCUGCCCGAGCCGUCAUCAUGUUCAUCUCGCCUCGCCCUCCUCCUCUGUCCCCGGUUCGUCUUUCCCUCAUGGCCAUGCGCACGGUUACGGCUUCGCGUCAAAGGACACUCUCGCCGACAGCACACAUCUGGCCCGCCCCGGUGAUGCAACUUCUCCUCAACCGGUCGAUCAACAAGACUGGGGGAACCUGAGUAGAAGCAGCCAAGACCCGCGGAUAGACUUCGGCCCUUAUCAGGCGCCGAAGGAGUCUACCUCCACGGUCCAAGCACCGGAGACCGUGGGGUACCCGGGUCACGACUUCAGACCUCUGGUUCCCCCAACAUCGACCACCCCAUCCCCCUCGCGACUGCCAUACGGGUUUGCGCCGCACCAGCCGCCCACUGACGCUGACCAGGAGCUCGUGCAGCCGUCGUUCUUUGUCCCGUCGCAGCAAACCCAACGGCUCGAUGACUUCAAGGAGCAGCAGCGGGAGAGGCGGGCCGCUACAAGAGCGGCUAUCUCCCCAUACUACGCCCAGUCCGGAUGGCACAACUACUCGUACGAGUCCUCGGAGACGCCCAUCAUGGACCAUCUCCCCCUCCCGGAGGACGUCGCCCAGCCUGGCACCAUGUACCAGCAGCAAGACGCGCAGUCGCCGCAGGGCGCUGCCACGACCAUUAUUCCCUCGCAGCCCGGUCCAUCCCCACUAACUAACCUCGCUCUCGCCCAGUUCGAACAGGCCCGCGCGGAGAACGCCCGCAAGCAUGAUCUCUACAUGGGCCGGACGUACCUUCCCGACCGCGACGACCUGCCCCCCGCGCCGACCGAGCCCUGGGCGCGCGCCUUGCCCACGCACGCGCGUCCGCAUCCGCUGGUGCUGUCUGCGGACGGGUACCACCCGCUCGUCAAGCCCGAGCCGCAGGAGUACUCGAUGUCGUCCGCGAGUCCGAUGUCGCCCGUGUCGCCUGUCAAGACCGACGGUACGGCGGAUGUGGAUAGCAAGACGCAGCAUCGGAUGUCGUCGCCGAGUACGUCGAAGACCUCGAAGAAGGUCUGCGAGAAGAAGCCGGUGCUGGCUUGCCUAUUCUGCCGCGGGAGGAAGAUCGCGUGUGGGCCCCCGUCGCCUGGGAGCAAGGACAAGACAUGCAACCAGUGCGCUCGCCGCCACCUCAAGUGCAUUUAUCCGACGGAGUCUCGCCGUGGGCAGCGCAAACGCGCGCCGAAGGUUCCCGUGCAGGAGGACGUCACCGGGGCCCCCAAUGCAGACACGAAUGCCUCCAGUGCCUCCACGAGCGCUGCGGGCUCGAGCAGCAAAGGCAAUCGGAAGCAUCGGAAAGAGCCCGAUCAGCCUGGGACGUGA